AUGGAAAGCGAGUCUUUAACUAGUUAUCCUAGCAUGCAAUGGAGCACUGCUUUGGAUAUUCCAUUAAAGGCUUCAGAAGAAGUUGUCAGCAUUGAUUUAGAAACGGAUUUACCUGAUGAUCCGUCUGAUUUAAGAACGCUUUUGGUGGAGGAAAGCUCUGACAAAGAGCAUUGGUUAACUAUUGCUCUAGCUUAUUGUCAUCAAGGUAAAGUUACAGAUGGUAUUAAACUAAUUGAAAUGGCUCUAGAAGCAUUCCGUAAUACUGACAAGGCUCCAUUACAUACAUUUUUAACUUGGGCUCAUUUGGAUUUAGCUAAAGGAACUUUUACCAACUCCGAGGCAAAGCAAUAUGAAUUGAAUCAAGCAGAAUAUCAUCUGAAAGAAGCAAUCAAUUAUGAUCCAUCUACUGUUAGUAAUAUGUUGGCAACCAUUGAUUUAUACUAUCAAAGGGGUCAAUAUGAUAAAGCCUUAGAGACAUCUGAUAUUUUUAUUAAGGGCAUUGCGGCUGAAGAUCGUAGAAAUGGCAGAACCACUAAGACAAACUGUCUAUUUCUACUUUUAAGAGCUAAAAUUCUCUACCAAAAGAAAAACUAUUCUGCUAGUUUAAGGUUUUUCCAAGAAUUAUUGGUAUUAAAUCCGGUUUUAAAGCCAGAUCCACGUAUUGGUAUUGGUAUGUGCUUUUGGCAGUUGAAAGAUCAUAGCAUGGCAGUCAAAUCGUGGUCAAGAGCUAAAGAAAUUGAUCCUGAAAAUAAAACAGCAAGCAUUCUUGUUUUAUUAGGUGACUUUCAUAACUCGUUAACUAACUCAGAAAAUGAUGAGCAAUUCAAAAAGCAGUAUUCAGAAGCAAUUCUAAAUUUAGAGAAUUUGUAUUCUGGUAAUAAAUCAAACCCAGUUAUACUGACCCUUUUACAAAGUUACUUUUACUUUAAGGGUGAGUAUCAAUCUGUUAUAGACAUUUACGAAAAAAAAAUAAUGGGUAUGUCCAGUAUAACUGCUAACACUAUAUUAUCAGAAGCUUCAUUCUGGUGUGCUAGAAGUUAUUAUGCAUUGAAUGACUACCGUAAAGCCUUCACAAUGUUCCAAGAGAGUUUAAAGAAAAGUGAAGAUAACUUAUUAUCCAAGUUUGGAUUGGGUCAAACUCAAAUUAAAAAUGAUUUAUUAGAAGAAGGUAUUUUAACUUUUGAAAACAUAUACAAAAGUCAUGAAAACAUUCAAGAAUUAAAUUACAUUUUGGGUUUAUUAUAUGCUAGAAAAUGUUUAGAUACUAAGACUGAGUACAGUCAUAAAGAACAUACUAAGCUUAUAUCGAAAGCAGUUCAAUUUUUGGAAAAAUAUAUUAGUUUGACAACAUCAAAGAAGAAUCAACUUGUUAUUCCAAAGGCAUUUUUGAUUCUUUCUCAGCUAUAUGAGUUACAAGUGCAAUAUAAGCAAGCUUUAGACAUUUUAUGCAGAUACUUAGAUGAUCUUAAAAUCUCUAACGAAAAAAACAUUCCUAUUGAGUUAUUAAAUAAUAUUGGUUGUUUUUAUUUUAUUACAGGACAAAAAGAAAAGUCUCUUGAGUUUUUUAAUAUGGCCAAAGAGAAAUUAGAUCUUGCUGGAAAUGAUGAUUCACUUGAAAUUACACUACAAUACAAUAUCGCUAGGUCAUCGGAAGAGGAUCUCGCAGCAACAAAUAUUGUUUAUAGUGAUAUUUUAAGUAAACAUCCUAGUUAUGUUCACUUAAAGGUUAGAUAUCUAUUCACAAAGUUCCUUCAAAAUAAGAACUCACAAUCUGAUGAAAUAGAGAAGGAAGUUAACGAUUUAUUACAAAGAAACCCUGCUGACUUGGAAGUACGUGCAUUGUACACAUGGUUUAUGAAAAAUGGUUUGAAAAAUAGCAAUAAUAUCGACGAAGCAAAGUACAAAGAAUAUAGAAAUUCUGAAAUCAGUACGAGUAAAGACACGUUAACCAAGUAUAAUUCUCAUGACUUAUAUGCACUAAUAUCUCUUGGUAACUUUUACUGUGUCAUGGCAAAAGAAAAUAAGAAAACGCCAGCUAAAUGUGAACAAUCAUAUUUAAAGGGUAUUCAACUAUAUCAAAAAGCUCUUCAAAUUGAUCCAUAUAACAUUUUCGCUGCCCAAGGUAUUGCAAUAAUCUUCGCAGAAAGUAAAAGAUUAGGUGCUGCUCUAGAAAUUUGGAGAAAAAUAAGAGAUUCUCUAGAUACUGAAGAUGUUCAUAUGAACAUAUCUCAUUGUUUACUUGAAAUGCGUGAAUAUGUUAAGGCUAUCGAAGGUUAUGAGCUAAUUUUGAAGAAAUUUCCAAAUUACAGCAAACUGGCUAAGGUUUAUAAUCUUUUAGGUAAGACUUGGUACGAAAGAGGUAAUAAAGAAAAUUCUUUGAGUUGUUAUAAAAAGGCCUUACAAAACGCAGAAACGUCUCUAAAAUUGGAGAUUGAAAGUUCAAAUGAUCUUGAAAAUAGUCCAAAAAUUGCGAGUUAUAAAUUCAAUACCGUUUUAUUACAUUUCCAAAUUGCAGAAGUUGUCAGAAGAUCAGGAAGUAAAGAUCGUACUGUUGAAGAUAUUUCAUCAGCUUUGACUGGUUUAGAAAAUGCAUUAGUCCUCUUGAAAGAACUAAAAGAUAAAAGUUACAAAUUUAUCGUUAAAGAUGAAAUUGAGCAACGUAUUCAACUUGGUGAGACUACAAUGAAGAAUGCACUACAACGUAGUUUGAAAGAGCAAGAAGAGUACGAACUGCAACAGACUGGCAGAUUAGAACAAGCCCGUAAGUUAAUAGAAGAAAAUGAAUUAAAGGAGAAGAAUCGUAUUGAAAAAGAAAAAGAAUUAGAACAAAUGAAGAUAGCUAAACAAAAGGAAGAAUUUGCCAAGUUACAAGAAGAAGCUCAAAAAAUAAUCCAAGAGCGUGACUUAGCAAUCGUUGAAGAAUCAGACAAUGACAAAGAUUUAAAUUCUGCAGAUGAAGAUGGAGAGUUUGUUGAUAAAGAAAAACCAAAAAGAGAGAAGAAAAGCAAAAAGAAGACAUCGAAAAGAAAAGCAGAUGUUCUCGAUGAUGAUGAGGAGGUUACUAUUAUCAGAAAACGUGAAAGAAAUGGGAAAGCAUCCACUUUAUCUGCAGAAUACAUAGAGAACUCUAGUGCAAGCAGUGAUGGGGCUCUCAGUGACGUUGGUGAAAAUAAAUUUGACAGUGAAGAAGCAGAAGCAAAGGUUACAGAUGAAGAACAUGAAGAUUUAUUUUAA